GUGCCGCCGCCGCUAGCACCGCCGUGUUACGGCCUCGCACAGGCUGUGCUGCGCGCGUAGCAAAGAGGCUGCUUGUAUAUGGUUUGGUACAUCUCGGAGGCCUAAAAUGGCGGUGAAUGCUUUGCCACCAGCAGACUUCUCGAUACAAAAUCUAAUUUUGGACAUGGAGGCUCUCGCCUUCUCUCUCUCUCUCGCGCUGCUGGCGUGUGUACGAACCCCUUUCCCAGCCGCUCCCUCUCCUUGGGCUAUUCGCAGAUUUCCUGUGGCCACACCCCUGUUUUCACGGUUUUUGCUGCUAUUAACGGCAAGGGCACUUCCGUCCGGCGCCACCUGCUUCUCCCCGAGCCCCCCGCCGGCCGCCGGGGUGGGCUUGCCGCGGACGGCAGCCAGCGCGCGCUUCCUUGCCGGGGAAAUCUGAAUUCUUCUGUUGGAUCCCGUUGGGAGGGGGAACGUAUUUCUUGGCCUCCCAGAGAGUCCGGGAGUUCAGACAUCCUGACAAAUUAGCUCGAACCAAUGGGAUGCUGUGGCAGUAAUCCUAUAGACGAUGAGGAACACCUAGACUACAGCUCAGGAAAUGUGACGAUUAUACCUGACCUAAAGAGUUGGGAAAAGAAAUUGGAAGAUGCAAGUGAAAGCGGUAAAACACUUGUUGUAAAAUUCAGCGCAGUAUGGUGCGGCCCGUGUAGGAUUGCUGCUCCUGUAUACGCGGAACUUUCCUUGAAGCAUUCAGAUCUUGUUUUCGUGUCUGUGGAUGUAGACGAACUUCCGGAACUAGUCACUGAAUUCGACGUACGGGCCACACCGACAUUCAUCUUCCUGAGAGAUAAGAAGGAGAUCGAUAAGCUGGUGGGGGGCAACCAGACAGAUCUGGAGCAGAAGUUCGACCCGUAUUGCCGGCCAGGCGAAGAAGCCAUGUGUAAACAGUCUUUCCAGGAUAGAAUCACCUGACGUGCCAGUCGAUAGAGUUUCGGAAAUACUCCAUUGGCUGGAAACAUCCAGCUGCAAGUGCCUGUUCAGCGACAUACUUAGGCUUGAGAAACUGACCAGCAGAAGUAGGAUUUCUUGGUAGUGUUGAGUCCACAUUCAGCAGUAAAGUAAGUUAGCCAGCAUCUGUAACUUUGCAUCGCACUGAUCAUAUGAACGACAAAUACGAGACAAUGUACUGAUUGACAGCAGA